AGAGCGCAGAGAGCAAGAAAAGGUCAGAGCGAGGGACCAACCGGAGAAAAGGAACUCAACAACAGAGUGGAGGGCUAAAAUCCCUAAAAAUCUCUCUCUUCGUUAUCUAUUUCUUCUUCCUCUUCUCCGCUUGCUGUUUGUUUCGUCCAAUCAAUCCCUCUUUGUGGCAGCCGAAACCACACUCUCGUCUUUCCGAAACCCUUCUCUCUUCCCGUGUUCUGUGGCUCCGCGGUGGCGGGAUGAGGUAAUGGGGGAAAGGUAGGAGGGACGGUGGGCGGCCAUGGACGACUCCUGGCUCGCCAAAUGCGUGGCGCCGCCGCCGCCGCUUCCGCCAUUGCCGGCUCCGGCUUCGACUCCGACUGUGCCGCCGCAGCAACUGCCCCUCCCGCAGGCGUCCGCGGGUCAGGUUUCUAUGAAUUUACGCCAUCAUUUCCCUUCUUUUCUUGCACAAGAGGCUGUUUUGAAGGAUCAAGUAAGAAGUCAAGAGGCUUCGGCUAGUGAUACAUUCAACUUAAGUUCCUACAGAUUGGGGAAGACAGAGCUGGGUAAUUCAUUUCUUGCUCUUUUGUCUGGCAAGUUUUCUCAGUUGCCAAAUUCAAGAAUGGAUGUAGCCAAGCCUCAAGUUAGCAAUGAUGAUAAGAUUCUAAGUGGUAGUGGUUGUGUGGUCCCUUCUAUAAAUAUCCCACCUCUGCCUGAAAAUCAUGGAGAUAAUGCCCCAGGAAAUUGGAAUGAGCUUUCCUCUUUUGUUGCAUCGAGGCCGUCUGUAAAUUCUGCUUCGGUACAUAAUAGUGCUCAAGUUGCAGGGAAUUCUUACCAUGAUAUGGACUCUAUUGAACUAGUUUCCCCACAAUCAUCUAAGUGUAGCAAUACAGGAUUUGCAUUGAAUUCUACAAGGAGUGGAUGGCUUACUUCAAGUAAGUCAGCAAAUGGCAAUAAGCAUGCAACCAUGGAUGUUCAAGCUUCACGAAUUGUUUCAUUUGAAGCUAAGCCUCCUGUUUCCAAUAACAAUUCUCCGUUUCUUAGAGGACAUCCUCUUGUCUUCUGCAGAAACACUGUUGGGGAAUUAUUUAUGGGCAACAAAGGACUUUUUGAAGUUAUAUGCUUUUGUCAUAGCUGUCGCAUGUCUGUCGCCAAAUUUUGUGAGCAUUCUGGAUCACCUUCAGCGAACCCUGGUGAGGCUGUCUAUAUGGAGAAUGGAAUGAGUAUAUCACAUUGGUGCAAGCUAUGCUUAGGGAUUCUGGCACCAAAUGAUAUCAGUGGAUGGGAGUGGACAGGUGGUUCAUCAACAAAAGGUGUCUUUUUUGGUUCCAAGGCUAGUAAUGCUCCAACCUUGGUAAAUAACAUUGGGACAAUCAGUGAUAUCAAGUCAUUUGGUGGAUCUUGGAGAUCUGCAGAACCUUUGAAUAAUAGUGUUGUACCUAGUCAUCCAUACACAUUGGUAGGGCACACUGCCCAGGAGAAAUCUGUAAACAAGGUACAAGAUAAUGAAUAUCAGAGGUACAAUUUGGAUGGAUGUAAUCUUUUCCAAGAGAAGAUUCACAGUUCCGAGCAAGUUAUCAAGUCUGUUCUGUCAAAGAACCAGUCCAUGCAGAUAGCGAAGCAAAGUCCUACUUGUGUUGGUUCUGAGAAACUUCAUUCAACUCUAUGUAAGGGAAAAGAAAUUAUCGACCAUUAUUUAGAUACUGAUGGUGUCAAUUACAACACCAAAUUUGUAGAUCAAUCUGUUGCCCUACCAUGUUUGUGGGCCAACAAUUCUGUAAACCAUGAUUGUGAUAUCAGCAGUAACAACUUCUCCAUUGAUACAUCUCUUGCUGAUAAGGAUGGCGCUUCAAACAUAGAAUUGAGGCUUGGUCAACCAUCUCAGAAAUGUCAUAUAUUUGCAGGUUCCUAUCCAACACCUGUGCUGGAAUUUGGAGCCACAUGUAACCCAAAGAAGCCACACUUUCAUCAGCAACUAAAGCAACAAGUUGAUAAUGCCUAUGAUAGAAAGAAGACUAGUCAAAGUCUGCAUUUCACUGCUUCAGAGACAUUAUGUUCAAAUAAAAGACUCGAACGGCAUGCAACUACAGCUGUUAAUACUUACAAUCAUUCUGAAUCAGAAGAUCUGAGUCGCAGUGCAAACAAGAAUCCACUGAUUUCACUGUUUCUCUCACACCUUGAGGGGAACAGUACAUCUCUUUCUCUUGAUAACUUUUUUAAUAGCAGCGAUCAUCUUCCAUCUAGGGUGCCUAGUGGUGACUCUCCUGUUAAACUUAAAGUUUCCAAUCCUGUAGGAGAUGCAACUCAUGGUAUUGAAAGAAAAUCUGAGGCAAGUAAGUUGGAUUUUCUCAAUAUCUUAGAUGAAAGAAAGAGCCUUCUGGCUGCUGAUAAUGGCAUAGUGAAAUCUGUGUGCAUAGUGAAAGAUAACCAAAUUGCCAAUACUAGAGAGAUUGAUACAUCUUUUAGUAAGAAGUGUCCUCAAAUUAGUGUAUCUGUGGAUGCUAGCCAAACUUCCUUCUAUCCAGAUCAGCUGUCUGGCAUGUUACAGAAACUUGGUGGUAAAAUCCCCAAGCAACAUGAUUUAGCCUCUGUCUCAAACAAGGAUUACUGUAAUCAUGCCGUUCAUGGAUCUUCCGAUCCAGUUCCUAGUGAGAUGGUGGGUCAUGAUUCUUUGAACUCAGAUAUUCCAAUGAGUCUGGCUUCGACAUCCCUGUGUUCGCUGGAACCAAAGAAAAAGGUUUUAAAUACAACCCAGCAUUUGAUGGAUGUCAACUUGAAAAAUUUUGCUUUUAGGCACAUGGUUGGUUUAACUACACAGAAAAGUUCUACUUCCCUUAAAAAAAGUCCCCAACAUCACAAACUAUGCUGUUUGUCAUCCAUGGAACCUCAACUUGAUGGUUGUCAGGAUCUGGAAAUGCAGAGAGAUGCAGGGGAAGGAAAUUACUGCAGAAAUUACCAUGAAAUCUCCAAAAUUGCUAUAAAAUCUGUACAUUCAUGUCCAAGUUGUCAAUCUGGUCGUGGUAUGGAUAUUUUUCCUGGUCAUCCUUGUCAUACAGGUUCAACUAGAUCCUGCAAUUGCACUGGUUCAACACAAAGAGUUCCACUAAGUUCUGAAAAAUACUGUAAAAGGUUUUCUACUUGCUGCAUUUGUGAUGUUGAUGAGCAACCUUGUUUGAGAUUGGGGAGGCUGGGAAGCAAUUGUUUCACUGGUAGUCUUAAGCAUGGAAUGUGCAAUCACAAAGAACAUAAUUCUUGCUUAUCUCAACAUUGCUGCUCCUCUGUACUUCCAUAUUGUGUUUCAGGCUUCUGUACAUCAGGUGGUAAUAAAACUUUUCAUGCCUUAAGUGAACGAAGGGUUUGUGGGCAAGCUAAAGUAAUGCAUGCCACUCCAGACCAUGAUAAGGAUUAUUUAAUACCAGACAGAAAAAGAAUUUGUCUAGCUCAUUGUGGUUGCUCUAAGAAUAAGUUUGUUCCAAGGAAUGAUCAAAAGACAUCCUUUUGGAGAGAUGUUCCAAAGAAAGUGUAUGCCGAUGCUGAUAUCUCUUCUACUUUCAAGAUUGCACAGGCACUGGAAACCACAAAACGUAUUGGUGAUCAACUUGAUGAUUGUUCUCCAGAGUUUGAUGGAACUCGUCAAUCUUCCCAGUCAACGAGAGCACAGAAGAUGUUUAAUAUGUCAUCUGGAUCAUCUGCUCCUGUUGUAACUGAGGUUUCAACUGAAGUUAAUAAUUUAACUUCUUGUGCAGCAAAUAUUAGAACUACAAAUAUGAUCCAUGAUCUCUUGGUGGAUGAAGGAUCAGGGAAUGAGAAAUGUGGCUCAUCUGAUGAGGCUGUUGGUGGUAGGGAGUGUGAGGAAACCAUUCACAUAAUGGGUAAGGUGGAUGUAGCUACACCUGGGUUCCAUCAUUUGGCGGGUCAUUCUUCUGUUGGCCUUAUUGAUGAACUUUGUUUGAUGAGUCCAUUGAAAACCAAGAGGGUUAGGAAUAUGAAUAAAUGCUGUGCAGAUCAAGAGAAUGUCAAUAAGAAUCUGAAUUUUGAAAGGACACCUAAAACAGCUAAUAGAAACGAGUCUAUGGAGCUCAAUGGACCAGAUAUGUUAAUUCCAUUAUCUGAUUAUGCUUUUCCUUCUGAAAUCCCUAAUAAUCUCAGACAUUUAGAAAUUGACCAUUCUCGAUCACAAGGAGAAGUUUCCCCACAACCUGUUAGUGUGAAGAAAAAAACACAUCUUUCUACUUGUGGAUCUUCAAGUGUAAAGAGAAAGAGGUCAUCACUGUCCUGCAACAAGUCUAACUUCGAAAGAUUCAGUAUCCAACAUAAAUUGCAGGAGGACAUUGAAAAGCGGAUCCUGGAUGAUGAUCAUUCUCUUAGUAGAGUUGAAACUUCUAGAAAGAAGACAAAGCAAGUUUUGGCUGCAUAUUUGAAACAGGAAAAUUCUACAAGAACUGGAAAACCACCCAAAUAUAUGUCAUUAAACUGUAUUGGUAAUACUUUUAGCAAUAUUAAGACUACUUUGCCUAAGAAAAGCAGGCCUAUUGUAUGUGGAAAUUCAGGUAUCAUCUAUUGUGGGGAAACAGAUGGUGAUCAAAAGCCUCCAAAGAUCAUUUCCCUUAGUUUGAUACUAAAAAAUGCUAGGAGGUGUAGCACUGUUGAAGUCUAUAAUACCAGUUUGGGCCUAGACAAUGAAUUAUCAUCUUUGAAAUUAUUACAUGAGAAGGAUAUGCCAAGUAGUUGUUCUGAGAAUGGGCAAAAUCCAAAAUUUCUUCGUAUAUCAGGUGAAAAUAAAGGAUAUUCCAGCAAGAAUGGUGGAUAUUUGGAUACUUUGUCAGCAGGAAAGGAAACAGACUCUGUCCUGGGACCUGGUUUGCAUCCUAAACAAUUAAAAUCCCAGUCAAGACCAAAACAGAAGGAUGUUCAUACACAGAGUCUCAAUAGAUUCGGAGCAAAACAUAGACACGCAACAAAGAACUCCUGCUUAUCGGCUUCUGGAAUCAAUGAAUGCUCAAAAUCGAUUGAGGCAGAAAAUGAGCUAAAUGAUUUUCCUUCAACUACUGUAGAUGGAGUGGAACAUCAAAAUGAGAAGCUUCAUCCAAGGGAGAUUUUAGAAUCUGCAUUGCCAACAAAUAUUCCAUCAUUUGCCAAGCUUAAGAACAAUCAAGAUCAUGCUGGCAAGCUGUCUCAAGUAAGCAGAAGAAGAUGCAGCCAAGGGUACAAAUUUCCCUCCUUUCUUUUGAACUCAGAUUCAUUUUGUUGUGUCUGUGGAAGCUCAAAUCAAGACGAUGCUAAUCAUUUGAUAGAGUGCAAUGACUGCUUGAUUAAAGUUCACCAGGCUUGCUAUGGUGUUUCAAAAAUUCCAAAAGGGCAUUGGUCUUGUAGGCCAUGCAAGGCCAACUCCCAAAACAUUGUUUGUGUUUUGUGUGGAUAUGGAGGUGGAGCCAUGACACGGGCGCUAAAAUGCCAAAAUAUUGUCAAAAGUUUGUUGAAGGCUUGGAGAGUCAGUAAAACAUCCUACUCUGGCAAAUCAGUUCCUUCUGAAAGUACAGAGAAUGAGUUUUUUAAUCCUAGUUCAGUAGGUGAAGUACCAAAGUUUGACAAAUGUGGUUUAGCUCCUCUUGGUGAGAUAAUCUCCGAUUUCUCUCCCAAAGCUGCUUUGAAAUUGGAUAUGCAGAUGCAAACCAACUUUCCUGAAAGCAAAAAUUGCAUGCCGGAAAAGUUUCAGACCCAUAACAGCAUAACUGCUGGAGUAUUGGAUCCAUCCACUAAACAGUGGGUUCAUAUGGUUUGUGGACUCUGGACACCCGGUACAAGAUGCCCAAACGUUGACACAAUGAGCACUUUCGAUGUAUCUGGUGCUUUACCGGCUAAGAAAAAUAUUGUUUGCUCAAUAUGUAACCGACCUGGGGGUUCAUGUAUAGAGUGCAGAGUUCCAACUUGUUGUAUCCCAUUUCAUCCUUGGUGUGCACAUCAGAAGGGUUUACUGCAAAGUGAAAUUGAAGGUGAUGACAAUGAAAGGGUUGGCUUUUAUGGGAGAUGUCCACAUCAUGCAACUCUCAAUAGUUGUCUUCCUGAUAGUCAUGUUAUGGAUCCUGAAGAAGAAAGUCCAGGGAACAACGAAUGGACAUGUGCUCGCACAGAGGGUUUUAAAGGUCGGAAAAGAGAGAAAGGAUACAAACCUAACACUCAGAGACCCUGUGAUAAUGGAGUAUGCAUUGUUUCUCAGGAGCAGAUAAAUGCCUGGCUUCAUAUCAAUGGCCAAAAGUCAUGUACAAGAGGUGUGGUGAGACAGCCAUGUUCAGAUGUUGAGUAUGACCUCCGGAAAGAAUAUAUUCGUUACAAACAAUCGAAGGGAUGGAAGCAUUUGGUGGUCUACAAAUCAGGAAUUCAUGCUCUUGGUCUCUACACAUCGCAGUUCAUUGCCCGUGGAGCUAUGGUCGUAGAAUAUGUCGGUGAGAUCGUUGGACUGCGGGUAGCUGACAAGCGAGAAGCUGAGUACCAAUCAGGAAGGAGAAUCCAGUACAAAAGUGCCUGCUACUUCUUCAGGAUAGACAAGGAGCAUAUCAUCGAUGCGACUCGCAAAGGUGGGAUCGCUCGAUUCGUCAACCAUUCAUGCCUGCCCAACUGUGUUGCCAAAGUGAUCUCAAUCAGGAACGAGAAAAAGGUGGUGUUCUUUGCGGAAAGGGACAUAAAUCCAGGCGAAGAGAUUACAUACGACUACCACUUCAACAGUGAGGAUGAGGGCAAAAAGAUCCCGUGUUUCUGUAACUCAAGAAAUUGCAGGCGAUAUCUGAACUAGUCAGCACUCGAUUCAUUCGUCAUGAAUGUUUGCAUCUGGUUUGUAUCAUAUGUAGAUAUAGUGCCUGGUUUCGCUCAUUGUGCACACAUUCAGCUUCUGAAGAACUAGUGGAAUGUUGUUGAGUGGCUGCACGAUCAGAUUCACGGAAAGGAGUCAAGUUGGAAGUUUUUGUGUAUAAGUGUGCAAACAUCAAUUUGAAGUUGUUCGUUAUGGAAUGAUGAGUCAUGUUUUUCA